CUCUCUUGGGGGUAGGUCGCCGACCCGGCUGGUCUGUUGGAAAAGCCAGAAGCGUUGGGAACGUUGCAAACGGAAAUCUCUAUUUAACAUGGCUUGCUUCCCAUCUUCUUUGGCUUGCGUCUCUACUAUCAGCACACUACCAGCAGAGGGCCUAAUCAUUCGAACCCAAAACUCUUCCCACUGCAUCGUGUCCUUUCAAAUUCAAUCCCCAUAAACCCCUGCUCCCACUGCCCAGUACAUCAAUUAGUCUCUUCGGUUGUGUAUCUCACAAGUAACUUCCCUGAAAUAUCAACAUGUCUGGCUCCGCUAGACCAACAUUGGGCAUGGUUUCGAAGUUGCUGAGCAGUCCCCAGUUCCUCCAACACUUCAAUGAGUCAAGGCCAGUUCAGUGGACGCAGACGAGGCCUUUCUCUGUCUUUGAAUACUACACCAAGGGUGGCCCAAAGUUCGAUAUCCAAAAGCCCCCCAAUCCGCAGACUGGCGAAGGAGGAUCGUAUACCCAAAGGGCAAUUCCGCCAAAGGCCUGGGUCCCGUUACAUACCGGCUACUUGAUUGAUAUGGCCAAGAAAUUUGUCGCAGCGCACGAAAAACAAUUGGAUAAAAUUGAUGUCAUUGAGAGACUCCCAAAACUGGCCCGGUCACUCGAGCCCUCAAACGAGGGUUACGCCUCCAAGGUAUUCUAUAUCAUCAUGGCACCCCCCCUCGAGUUCGCCCUGGAACAUGUUGAAAUGCCCGGAAAGCCUGGCGCAUGGACAAUGACCCUAUCCCCCCAAGACACCCAUGGCAAGAGAACUACAAACGACUUUGUCAAAAUCGAUUUGGUUCUGAAGUUGUAUCACGAAGGGAAUUUCGUGCAGGACCUGGCCGUUCUCGAUCUCAAGGCGUCGGAAGGCCUGGGCCUCGCUGAAAGGAGCUUCAAUAAUGCGAAAUCAGAAUACUCAACGUACAAGGAAGCGAUGGGGAAGUACACCCCUGCGGACGAGUCGAAGUUUCAGGGCCCAGCGGAGAAGUUGGUGAAGCAGGGCGUAGCCUAUGCCGAACACACCAGGAGCUUUGACGUCUCCUUUUACGACAUGAAGCAGCUAUUGAUCUUCGGGAUGAAUGACAUGAAGCACAAUCCCGCGGGUGCGAGGCCCACGGCGGAUGGCGGGCUUGUCUGUGAAGCAGCGGUCAUCUCAAGCAAUAUCGAGUAUGCUACUCUUGGCUUUUUCCUCAAUGCCAUCAACAAAUGGAAGCAGUCCAACCCCAACGGAAGUCCGCCAGGCUCCCGACCCAGGACCCCGGCUCCCAGGUGACAAUGGACUUGAAGAAUUCGCAGGCGAACUCAACAAAAGACUACCCUGGUGGAACCUUGUAACUGGGCUGGACCCCCAUUGGCUAUUAGGGC